AUGAAUAAUACUACUGACAGUAGUAGUAAUACUACAAUAACCUAUUCAUAUUUUGAAUUUCAUUCACGUUUUGGAUGGGAACGGCUUUGGAUAACAACAAUUAUACUCGGUUUAUUUAUCUUGUGUACAAUUGUUGGAAAUGUUUUUGUUGUGGCUGCUAUUUUACUUGAGAAACAUUUACAAGGUGUUUCAAAUUACUUGAUAGCAAGUUUGGCGGUAGCUGAUUUAAUGGUCGCCACACUUCCAAUGCCGGUGGCAGCUAUAUAUGAAGUUUCAGAAGACUGGUGGUUAGGUGAGGCACUCUGUGAUUUCUGGGUAUGUUCAGAUGUUCUAUGUUGCACAGCAUCUAUACUUCAUUUGGUUGGCAUAGCCUUAGAUCGUUAUUGGGCUGUCACAAAUGCAGAAUAUAUUCGUCGAAGAACAGGUCGCCGGAUAGGCAUUAUGAUUGGUAUUUUCUGGUUUCUUUCUGUGUUGAUUUCAAUACCUGCACGAUUUCAUACUACUAGAUCAUAUAAUUAUGGAGGAUAUUCGUCUUACAUUAAACUAGAAGGACCACCAAGCUGUCGAAUUAAUCAAGAGCACGGUUACACAGUGUUUUCAAACAUUGGAGCAUUCUAUAUGCCAAUGAUAUUCAUAAUCGUUAUUUAUGCAAGGAUUUAUCAGGUGGCUAGAGCGCGAAUUCGACGUUCAGCAUUCAAACAGUCUGGAUCGUCAAGUCUAAGUAUGAAUAAUAUUGUACAGGAGAAUGCUUCAUCUUCACAUGCUGUCGAUACAGACUGUACAAUGAUUGCAAGAAAUCAUACUGCUACUAAAGAAUUACUCACAGUAAAAAGGCAAAUGAGCACAGAUAACGCAAAUGAUAAUAAAAAUUGCUGUUUCAUGCAUCAACUGAACGAUGACGUAUCAAUACCAUAUGUCGAUGAAGUGGAGAACAAGUCAGAUUAUAAUUCCAUGGAACAAAUGAAUGAAGAUUUUACACAUAAACAAUUUGUCAUUUCAAAUGACCAUAUAAAACAAAACUUAAGUAAUUGUGUCUGUAUACCGAAUAGUUACACUGCAUUAUGCUCAAACAAACAAGAUAAGAAAUCAUGCCAGAAACAGUUGAAAAAAUCGAAUUCACUAAUAAGGCUAGAUUAUCAAUUAAAUUAUUCUCCUAACGAUCACGACCAGUUCAUUAAAUCUGAUCCACUAAGAUAUUCAUCAAUAUCUAGACACACAAAUUCUGCACCGCCAAUCCUUAUCCAUAUCACCAACUCUGGUACACUUCUUUCUGAACUAACUAAUUCUUACUCUCAGUUAUCUGGAACAAAUACAGACCAUACAAAUUCAGUUAUGUGGUCGUCUUCAUCAUCAUCAUCAUCAUCAUCCUCAUCGUUACCAUCAUCAAUAUCGUCUUCAUUUUCAAGAUCUUCGUCUUUACCAGUUGACACUCACUUCAAUUAUCGCCAUGGAAAUCAUCAUCACCAUCACCAUCGACAUUAUCGUCGCCAAGGUCAUCGCAGUCGUCCUAAACUUCACCAUCAUCAUAAUCUACAUAAUCACGAUCAUAGUCAUAAUACGGGAAGAAGUGAAGUAACUAAGCUGAAUAAAUAUCAUAGUCAGUUUUUAGCUGAACUGAAGACUAUUUGUAAGUGCUAUUCUUCAAAAAAUUAUAGUCAAGAACGUCAUAACUACCUAUCAAAUAAAUCAAAUACACCAAUUACUGAAAACUCAGAGCUCAGUAAAUUGAAACAAAAAAAAUGUUGCUGUUUGAAGUGGCAAAAUAAAUCUUCAGCCGGCUACAUUAGUAAAAAUAACAAGGAUAGUCAUGAAUUUUUUGUUGAUGCUAUAGAUCCAAGCUCAGAGUUUUCAGUUCCACAAAUGACCACUAAAAAUGAUAACCAUCGUAAAGGAAGCUCCAGACUAGACAACCAUGUUUCUUUAAAAGUAUCAAAAAGGCAGACUGUGUUACGAAGUAAGUUGUCUCAACUCUUAUGCUCAAAUGUUAAUCAUCGAAAAUUAGAAGGAUCAGCAUUGAAUUCAGCAUCAAAUAUGAAUUCAGAUUUAUCAACGACUUCAAUGAAAGAAGUGAAACACUUACAACCACAAAGACAUUUGACGCUGACAACAGGAACUACAAUAAUUGCAGCGAUAAACGAUGAAACUACUAUCACAUCCAAUCUUAUAACAGUCCAACAGACACAAGUGAAUCGUGAGCGUUUAGAGACUAAACGUGAACGUAAAGCUAUACUAACGCUAGCUAUCAUUACAGGAUGUUUUCUAUUAUGCUGGUUACCAUUCUUCAUUGUUGCCUUAAUAUCUCCAUUUACAGAGAAUUUUACAAUAUCUAAAUUUGGUCAAAGUACUAUUUUAUGGUUAGGUUAUUCUAAUUCUCUACUAAAUCCUAUAAUUUACACAAUAUUUUCACCAGAUUUUCGUAAUGCUUUCAGAAAAAUUUUAUUUGGACGAUACAAUCUACGUUCACUGUCUAGAUGA